AAUCAAAAUUGCGCUUACAAAUGUGGCGGGAAAUUUGGAGGAAAUAAAGUUUGAAAGAAAAGCAGUAAACACAGCUGUUCGCCAUUUGUAUUUACUUCUCUACUGUCUCUCUGUUCUAUAUACGAAUAUCAAAUCAUGGGAAAGAAAUGCCAGUUGUCGAAUAAGAGAGAUUCUUUGCAGGACCUCCAGCCAUGUUCAACAGUUGGUUCCACACAUCUAGUGGGCAAAAGUGGAUUAAUUCCUACCAAGUCAGGAAAAUCGAAGAAGUUGGUUGAUUCCACACAGAGAACACUUGUUUUGCAAGACUCAAAGCUGAACCUAAACUCACCGAAACCAGAAGGGAAGGCAACAGAAAAUGAGAGAAGGCCUGUGCAGACCUCCAACAUAGAGAGCACAGAAAUGGAGGCUAAUGAAUUAAUGUGUGAAACAAAUAUUUCUGAAACAUACUGGAAAGAUUACUCUGAACAACAACGGCAAGCCCUUGCUGAAACUUUAGACGAAAAUAAAGCAUUACAUGAGGAAAACAAACAAUUAAAGGCCAAAGUUGAGGAACUGACUAUUGAAAAUGACAUGUUAAAACAUGAAAAUGAAACAUUAUCUGAGCUGGCAUCAAAAGCUGAGGAUUUUGCAAAUCUUGUACAGUCUGCCAUUGAUGAAACAGAAAAUACAGAAGACAAAGAAGGGUCUGCUGAUGCUACAUCUACUGAGGAAAGCCAAAGUUUAUAAUGGAAUUUAAAAAAUUAUACUGCUUUAUUUUAAUUUUUAUGUAAAUAAACUUGAAUUUUUUGGAUGACAGUAA